GCGAGCAAGUUUGCUUCCUUUAUCACAAAACGGCUGCUCUGAGUGUGCAGAUUCUGUCUCUGAAGCAGAAUGUGUGAGAUGGACGUUUGGUUUGUGUAGAUUGCUCUUGGACUUUCUGUUCUGGCGUGGAUGCCCUUAACCUGUUAUUUGUUAGAGAGUUAGAGGUUUUUGAUUGCAGGGAAGAAGCAUGUUUGUUAGAAAUGCAGUAUUGUACAGCUUUGUGUGAGGACUGUGAUUUAUUCUUUCUACGUUUUCCAGUGAAUGCCUGAACUUGUGCAGGUGAAAAUGCCCACAGGGUGGGAUUAGGGUUCCAACUAAAGUGAGUUUGGCCAGUGGUAUUCCUGAGAAGGGAGUGAAAACACUGGUUAGUUUGGAGAUUGCCUAAAUGCAGCUGGUAAGCAUCUGUCCCAAGGAGCAGUAAGCAGUGAAACCUGAAAGGAGAUUGUAGCCAGGUGGGGGGUCAGGCUCUUCUCCCAGGCAAUGGGCAUCAGGACAAGAGGACCCAGUCUUAAGGUGCACUGGGGAGGUUUAGAUGGGACAUUAGGAAGAAUGUCUUCACAGAAAGGGCGAUUGGGCUUUGGGAGGAGAUGCCCAGGUAGGUUGUGGAGUCACUGUCCCUGGAGGUGUUUAUGGAAAGACUGGAUGUGGCGCUGAGUGCUCUGGUCUAGUUGACAUGAUGGUGUUGGGUCACAGGUUGGACUUGAUGGUCUCAGAGGUCUGUUCCAAUGUAAUUGACUCUGUGAUUCUAUUUCCUGCCUCAGCAGCAGUUUGAGUAACAGCAAACAUGCGGUCUUUAUCUGUGUUUCCUCUUCACUUCUCCCAGAAGGGGUAAAACCAGAUCCAACUCUUGGGCACUAACAGAUAGUUUUGUAUGCUAAUAACAUCGUGACUCUUAAUAGUCCACAGGUGCAGGACCUGUGCUGAUGUGUAGGCAGAGAUAACUCAAACAUGGCUAUGUGAUAUUUAGAAGAAGAAAAAUGGGGUGACCUAAUUGCAGCCUUCUGGUGCCUGAAAUGAACCUAUAAGAAAGAUGGAAAGAGAUAUUUUACAAGGGCCUGAAGUGCAGAAUGGCUUCCCACUGACAGAGGGCAGGUUUACAUUAGAGAUUAGAAAGAAAUUCUUCCUUGUUCCCCUUGAGGGUAAUGAGGUCCUGGCCCAGGUUGCCCAGAGAAGCCCCAUCCCUUGAAGUGUUCCAAGGCCAGGUUGGAGCAGCCUGGUGCAGUGGAAGGUUUCCUUGCCCAUGGCUGGAGGGUUGGAAAGUGAUAAUCUUUAAGGUUCACGCUAUACCAACCCAGUCACCCAGUGAUUUUAUGAAAGGAAAAUCUAAAGUUUUCUGGUCUGUGAAACCAGGAACUUGUCUGUUCUGUACUGCCCAGUUCAGCUCAUGCCGUGGCUUUCUGAACUGCAGCCCCCUCACACCUUGCACUGGAGAGGCACAGAGCUGGAUAGAAAUGUUCUAAAGCUGAGUGACCUACACAGAUUUGUUUGUCUUGGCUCCCUUUGCAACACCUGUGGGAUUGUCCAUAGGCUGCUUUCUUCCUGCCACUGGUGCUAGAGGAGACAUUUCCUUUCCCAGCAAGCUCUGCUAGUGGCACAUCCCUGGUGUGGGUUUCCUGUCCUCCAUGCAGAAACGCCAUGGGUGUUUCUUGAUUUGUGCAGAGAGCUGCAUUUGUGAAUAUUCAUUUGUGUUGCUUCUUGCAGUUGGUGUAUUAGGGAAAACUGUGAAGCUGAAAAUCAGGAAAGCAAGUUUGGCCAUUCAGAAGUAAUCUCUUCCCAACCAUACAUUCAGUUGUAAUUCAGAGAAUAAAGUAACUGCUCACCAGAAGCACAGAAGCAACAAGAUUGUUGGAUGCUGGCUCCCUCACCAACCAAGCGCAAGGACAGGUCUGAAGAGAAAUCGAAGGACCGGUCCAAGGAUAAAGCAGCCACUAAGGAAUCGGGUGAAAAGGAUCGUGGUCGGGACAAGACGCGCAAAAGACGCAGUGCUUCCAGCGGGAGCAGCAGUACUAGAUCCCGUUCCAGCUCAACUUCCAGCUCAGGGUCCAGUUCCAGCACUGGUUCUAGCAGUGGCUCAAGUUCCUCUUCUGCCUCAAGCCGCUCUGGGAGCUCCAGCACCUCACGCAGUUCCAGUUCCAGCAGCUCUUCUGCAUCUCCCAGUCCCUCUCGACGGAGACAUGACAACAGGAGACGGUCCCGCUCCAAGUCCAAACCACCCAAGAGAGAUGAGAAGGAGCGGAAGAGGCGGAGCCCAUCACCUAGACCCACAAAAGUGCAUGUUGGAAGGCUCACUAGAAAUGUGACCAAGGAUCACAUCAUGGAAAUUUUUUCCACUUACGGGAAGAUUAAAAUGAUUGACAUGCCAGUUGACAGGCUAAACCCACAUCUCUCCAAAGGUUAUGCUUAUGUAGAGUUUGAGAACCCAGAUGAUGCUGAGAAAGCCCUGAAACACAUGGAUGGAGGUCAGAUUGACGGUCAGGAGAUCACAGCCACAGCUGUGCUGGCACCACGGCCUCGACCCCCUCCCAGACGCUUCAGCCCCCCCAGGAGGAUGCUGCCACCGCCGCCAAUGUGGCGCAGGUCACCCCCGCGCAUGAGGAGGAGGUCCCGGUCUCCUCGGCGCAGGUCCCCUGUUCGCCGGCGAUCCCGAUCCAGGUCUCCUGGACGAAGACGCCAUCGCAGCCGCUCCAGCUCAAACUCCUCAAGAUAAAGCAAAAGGACUGGACAGCUUUUUACUUUUUAACUUAAAUCCCAUCAGGUGGAAUAUUGUAUCUUUUUUUUAUAAUGAGUCUGGGUAAGGAGGAGUAGGAGAUAAUGCUGGCAGUGAAGGCAGUGUAAGAGAACAGAGCGUGAGUUCCUGGCCAGUAACCUUUACUGUGAGGCUUCUGGAUUCCUGGCAUUGAGUUGAAAUUAUUUUAAAAUGGCUUUGAUUUUAAAGGCUGCAAAAAUAAUCUUUUCCAGAUAGAGAGAGGGAAAGAUGUUUCAGCCUCUCUUUCUGCAGGUAGCAGCUGCUGCUUGGUGAUUGUGAACGCUUAGCACGCUGUACAGAGCAGCAUGUAAAUCUUAAGCUAGUUCAAAACCCCAGUGAGUAAGACUGAGCCACAUACCUUGAUCUCCAGGUGCCAGCACAGGAUUUUGCAAGGCAACUGGAAGCCAGACCUGCCUGAGACUUAAUUCAAUACAGAAUUGUUGCUUUAUUCCAGUUUCCCUGGAUGGUUGAUUUCUGCAGAGUAAGCUUUUCUGUAAUGCUGACACUAGGCAAUCACCCAAAAGUGGUCCAGCCCAGUUAACAUGAUACUACAGAGAAGAAGCUGCAAAUCCUAAGAAAUAUUCUGUAGCUGCCCCCUUAAGUGAUUUGUUUCACCUUUUUGUUGAGGGUGUUGGCAAAAACUUCCUACUCAAUCUGCAGUGAAAGAGUGUGUGUGCUUUUACAAAUCCCAAAUGAGCGACUGAGCACCAACCCCUUGGAAACUGCAAAGCAGAGAGGGAGGCUUGAAGCCACCAUGCUGGCUGGAUGAGCUGGGGUUCACCCAGGGAGAGGCAAAGAAUUUACCACCAGUUGUACAGUCAAUACUAUACAGAUUUUUGUUUGUUUGUUUGUUUUGUAUAACUUUGUAUCCUUUUGGGCUCUAUUGUGUUUGUACUUGUGUAGAGACAAGCAGUUAUUGAAUAAAGCAGUAGGGUUGAGAACUGC